GUAGCUGGCUGUCCUAUCCAAGUCUGAUUUAACAAGGACGUAUUUCUGUUUGGUUCCGAGAAAAACCACCCAAGAUAAUUUUCUCGUCUGUUCGUGAAAUCUGGAGCUUAACAAAGAAAAAGAAUGGAGAAAUCUAAGAUUGGAAAGAGAUUCGAAGGGAAGGUGGCAAUCGUGACGGCUUCGACUCAGGGAAUCGGCUUCAGCAUCGCAGAGCGUCUCGGCUUGGAAGGUGCCUCUGUUGUGAUCUCCUCUCGCAAGCAGAAAAAUGUGGAUGAGGCAGUUGAAAAGCUUAGGGAGAAGGGAAUUGAAGUGUUGGGGCUUGCUUGUCAUGUGUCAAACGCACAACAAAGGAAGAAUCUUAUUGACAAGACUGUGGAGAAAUAUGGAAAGAUAGAUGUGGUGGUAUCCAACGCUGCCGCCAAUCCGUCCGUCGAUUCUAUUUUGGAAACCCAAGAUUCUGUCCUUGACAAGCUUUGGGAGAUAAAUGUCAAAGCUUCUAUACUUAUUGUAAAGGAUGCUGCUCCUCACUUGACAAAGGGUUCUUCGAUUGUUUUAAUUUCCUCUGUUGCUGGUUUCCACCCACAAGCUGCCAUGGCGAUGUAUGGUGUGACUAAAACUGCCCUUCUGGGGCUUACCAAGGCCCUUGCUGCUGAGAUGGCCCCGAAUACCCGUGUAAAUUGUGUUGCUCCUGGUUUUGUGCCAACGCAUUUUGCCGAUUUCAUCACAAAAGAUGAAGCCACCAGGAGGAGAAUUGAAGACAAGACUCUACUUAACAGGCUUGGUACCACUGAAGACAUGGCUUCUGCUACUGCGUUUUUGGCGUCUGAUGAUGCAUCUUACAUAACUGGAGAAACUCUAGUCGUGGCUGGAGGGAUGCCCUCUAGACUCUGAUUCCCCUCCUUUUUCUAUAUCAUUUCAUCCCACGAAGUUAUAAUGUUAGAAUUCGUGGAGUAAAAUAAACCUUGAUUUCGAGGUUACUGAUAUCGAUAAAGUUCACAGUUAGCAAUUUUCUUCGACAAAAUUCUAUAAGGAAAACGCAGUGACACGACACACAUGUAACAUUGUGCUUCAGUUUAUUGUAAUAUGCAAGGUUUUAGUACA